AUGUCUGAUAUGGAUCGCGAGUGGAAGCCGAAGAUGCGGCCGCAGUCGACCAUGGCGCAAGCUUUCUCCUCGGCAUUGGACAGCGCGUUCAUGCUGGAUUCAGAUGUUAACGACCUUUCGCACACCAUCGAUCAGAAGAAGCAGCAGAUGUUGAUCCAAAACCGUGAGUUGGAAGAGUUGCAGAAUCGGAUCCGCGAGGCCGAGAGACGCCUCCAAUCCCAGGCUGCCAUGGGUGGCUACACUUCGUCCCAAACUAGUCGAGGACAAGGCCAGUCAGCUGCUUCCCAGAGAGGAUCCAACAGCGAGCAGCAGCCUAAACAGUCUGAGCAGCGGGGAAACAACUGA